AUGCCGAUCGGGAGGAGGUCAGCUGGUGGUGGCAGGGGGGUGAGAGGGCAAGAUGGGGAUCCGAGACCGCAGACGCGAGGAGAUGGUGAGGGCAGGGAAAUCAGAGAGGUAUGGGCGCAUAAUCUCGAAUCUGAGAUGGCAUACCUCCGUGACCUUGUCGAGCGAUACCCCUACAUCUUCAUGGACACCGAAUUCCCCGGAGUAGUAGCCCGACCCAUCGGCAGCUUCAAAUCCACCUCCGACUACCACUACCAAACUCUCCGAUGUAACGUUGACCUGCUGAAAGUCAUUCAGCUCGGUGUAACAUUCGCCAACGCCGAAGGCAAGUUAGCAAAUGCUGAGAAUGGAGGGCCAUGUACUUGGCAAUUCAACUUCAGAUUCGACGUUUCGGAGGAUAUGUGCGCGCAAGAUUCGAUCGAUCUGUUGACGAAGAGUGGUUUGGACUGGAAGAAGCACCAGGAGAUGGGAAUUGACUUUGAUCUUUUCGGAGAGCUGCUGAUAUCGAGUGGAUGGGUCCUGUUCGAUGACGUGAAGUGGAUCUCUUUCCAUGGAGGCUACGACUUCGGCUACCUCCUCAAACUCAUGACCUGCUCCCCCCUCCCCACCGAACCUAAGGACUUCCUCUCCCUCCUUCAGAUCUUUUUCCCAGCAGCUUACGACAUUAAAUACCUCCUCCGCACAGUGCGUCCCGCAACUGAGAAGACUGGCCUCCAAGCCCUGGCCGACGACCUCCAGAUUCAACGUAUUGGGUCGCAACACCAAGCUGGCUCUGACUCGCUUCUUACUGCGGCAGCAUACUUCGAAGCCCGCCGAAUCUUUUUCGAGGGCGAGAUUGAUGAUAAAAAGUACCGGGGACAGAUGUUCGGUAUCGGACACCAAACCAACACGAACACCAGAAGUACCGGCUUCUCCUCCCAACCCCCAGAUGGACAACAACAAGGUGGUGGUGGUAUGCCACCCUUUUUCCAGCCGUUUACUCCGAGAGGACAAAUGGCGGAACUAUCGCAACGCGACCCGAUUCCGACGCCGUAUCAGGGUGCGAAGAAUGUGUUUCAAUUUGGGGGUAAGGACUUCGGGAAGGUUGGCGUAUGA